AUGUGCUGACACGGCAACGUUUCAAUACAAAUAUCCGAUUCCAAUUUCUCAGAACAAUUUUAUUUUAUGUUAGUUUCCUUAUGCAAUAAAUUCAAACGAAAUAAAGGAGCUUAUAGAAAUAUUUUAUUACAUUAUUUACACGAUAACUAUAAACAGAAUACUAUAUACAAUACGAAUAAGAUGUUUUAGCUUUAGGUACACGUGACUGUAAUAGUACGAGGGUUUAUUUUUAAGAAAACAUGUUCGUGUCUAUUGCUUAAUGCCAUCCUUUGCCCCAGCCAGAGCCCCAGCCAUAGCCGGUCCACCCGCCGAGGGACGAGCCCCAGCCGAGCCCGCUCCAGCCCACACUGACGGGAGCAGCGAUGACAGGAGUGCGGAUGAUGGGAGCGGUGACAAUAGGGGUGGACACCACGUGACGGACGACCGGAGCGGACACCACGGGGAUCGUCACGCCGUGGUUGAUGAGGCUGGAGCUUACAGAGUACGAUGGCAGCAAGACGGGAGAGGCUGAGGGACAAACACAAGAACCUCUCUAAACCAAACCCGGGGCCUUGUAGAACUCCAUAACGAAGAAGCUGUCGAAAUAGUUGCAGUCGAGUCAUCGAUACGAGGCGUCGCUAACGAGAUAUUCUCUGCUCUUAGACUCAAAGACGUCAAGCAUAAAGCGAGGAUCAAGGAGUUCUUAACAAUUCACAACUUCUUUGUCUCCAUCACCUUACAAGACCAAACCAAUCUAAAAGAAAUAGCAAGUCUUGUAAAAGUUGAUAACAUCGAUAACAACACGCGACAUUUUAUUACACUGUUAAAUGAGGUUUUAAAUGAAGAUAAUAAAAGCACUGAAGCACAAGAUGAUGCUUAUGUUACAACACAUAUAGAAACGUUUAUAAAGAAAAUUAAAUAUUUAAAAGAUGUAUAUGGCUUCGCUAACAAUAAUCAUGGCUUCGGUAUAAAUCCACAAAUUUUGCAACACAUGGAAAAAGACGUCAGUUCUAAAAACACAACUCAAGAUGACAAUGAUUCGGACAAUAAUCUUUUAAGCGAUUUGGAAUAUUGGCAACCUAGUGGUCGGCGCAUCUUCCAGGGUAAACGGCAAAAGAUUACGCGGUACCCCUUCGUAGCAAGCAUUCAAUUUUUCAAAAAGUUCCAAUGUGGGGGAUCCAUCAUUAAAUCUGAUCUAGUUAUCACUUCUGCGUCAUGUCUGCAACUAGCCUAUAACAACCGCUUCUUCAGAGAAAACCCGGCUUUCCUCUCUGUACAAGUUGGCUGCGAGUUAUACGAGGGUGGAGAUGAGAACAUUCCCAUUCAAGAGGUUUACUUUCAUCCCGAGUAUGACCCUAAAAAUUUAAGGAACAACCUAGCGAUUAUGCGCUUACAUCGUGUCUUACGUUUUGGGAAACGUGUCAAGAAGAUCAAGAAGAUUGACUUUGAUAGAGAGCCUUCGCCAUUGCCCGCAAAUAUUGAUGGUAUCACCAUCAUAGGAUGGGGUGCUAAAAGCAGUAGCAAUAUCAUUAAAAGCGUUUGGUCCAACCGACUGUCUUCCGCGCUGCUUGACUUCUACCCGUUAAAGGAGUGUCAAGAUGUAUAUUCCAAGGAGUUCGUAACGCACAAGAAUUUUUGUGCUGGAUUCUUCUCAAAAGGAGGUGGAGCUUGUAAUCGGGAUGCUGGUGGGCCUGGAAUAGCACAUGGGAUUUUAUUGGGAGUGGUCAGCUUCGGGUCACCGAACUGUGGCGCCCCGGACUCCCCCACAGUUUUUACUAAACUUGGCUACUACAGAGAUUGGAUUGAAGAAAUCUUAGAAAUGGAAAUAAAAACUAAUAAGAUUAGAACCACGCUUAGAUCGACGAGAGAGACUUACAAAGUGGAACAUUACAUGACAACAAAGUCUGUUUACGCACUCGAGCCAGUCACACAAGAAGGUGAUUCUUAUGGGAUUGCGCGUUCGCCUAUUUAUAGCACAGAUGCUCUAAGAUCCUUAAACGAUAAUAAUCUCUUUAAAGAUUUCGUCAUCACUAUGUUUGGUAGCGAAGAAGCGAAAGAAUAUCUAGAUCAAUAUGAAAAUGAGAAGGAUACAUCAACAGACGACGAAGAAAACUUAAAUAUUGAAGCUGACAAGGUAUUGAAUAUGAUAAGAAUUAAUACCAGACCAACUACUGUACCAACUUCUAACGUAAGGGUCAGUGAUGACAACAAAUCUUCUAUUGAAACCGAUAAGGAUUAUAAUUCGGGUUCUGUUGAAAUGGUCUCCACGCUCGGCUACUUUGAUGAGACACCUCAACGCGACAGCAGUAGUGAUGAAUCACGCACGACACCAAAGUUGGUCGUAAACUAUGCAGUUGCAUCGGAGAGCACGGAGUUAUUGGAAGCAGAUAUUGCGAAGCUAAUUGAUGAAAUUGAUAUACAAAAACUGUUAGAAUCUGGGUUAAGUGACUCCUCGGCAGAUUUUGAUAAAGAAAGUAAAUCAUCAACUACUACACAAAGCCCGACAAAUAAAAGAGUCACCGAAAGUAAAACAUAUGAAGACACUAGUGACGACGAUGAUGAAUACGGUGAUGGUGAAGAUGAUGAUGAUGAUGAUGAUGAUGUCAACGAUAAAGCUGGAGAUCGAUUUUUGCAUUUGAUUGAUUCGACACACAAAGUGACUGAGGGGAGUCAGAAACGAUUACAUCAAAAACAACACCAGCAAAAACAACACCAACCAAAACAACAUAAACAAAAACAACAUCAACGAAAACAACAUAAAUCAAAACUACAUCAAACAAAACAACAUCAACGAAAACAAAGCCAACCAAUACAACACCAACCAAAACAAGUGAAUCAACAAAAACUAUUACAACAACAACAACUGGAUCAAGAACUGAGAAUACUAGAUGAUUCGUUAAAAGAUUAUAAUAUUGGGCAAAAUUAUUCUUAUAGUUCUGGCGGAAUUCUGGACAUAUUAUCUCAGAGUGACCUAAUGAGACUGUUAAAAGAAGUAGUAGCUGACGCAACCAACGGCAGUACUUCGAAUGAUAAUUCACCUAUUUUUGAUCUCUUUGGCCAAUAA